UCACAGUGUAGCCUACCUGGCAAUUAGUUUAUCACUUGAACAAUAAGUACGGCGAUACCAGGAAAUGAAGCGAUGCUGCAUCAGAGAGUCCAAGUGAACUGGACCAAGCUGUUUGACCCACAGUUGUUUCAAGUGAAGAUGGAGACUGACCCGGAACGCGAUGCCUGGUUCACGACAACCACAACGAGUCCGGAACACAGCGACUGUGACUUCUACACAGAACGACAGUGUAGCGACGGAUCGUGUAUCGCUAAAGUUGAUUUAUGUUCUGAUGAACAGAUAAUGAAUCAGAACACGAUAUUAAUCAUGAUUGUCGUCGGCAUGGCUGUCAUCAUUUUCCUCAUCAUCUUAUAUUGUUUCCAGCAACGACAGCGCGAGACCAACAGACCAACUGUUACACAAGAUCAGCUAGAGGUUGAGGGUGAGGGAGAUAACGCCUCUCUGUAUCAACCUCCUCCGACAUACGAAGAAGUUGUAACGACUAAUCUAUAUCCACCAACACCACAGAUGCUCAGACAAACAAGAAUAUCAUCGUCGGAAGAGCCUCCGAUGACCCCGCCUCCAAAUUACGAUGUUGCCUUGAACAUUCUUGCUCAAAGUCACGAGUCGGUGCUUGUCGACAAAAAACGUAUUUCGCCGGUUGUGCGUAGAAGUGUGUCUGUAGACCAGACUAUUUCUUCCGGUUGUGGGACUCCACAAAGCCCCAGUUUUCAAAAAGAAAACAUAUUUUUUAGUCCUGAUUCUUCUGGCACGUAGCCAUUUUGUAGCAAUAUUAUAUAUCAGACACUAGUCUCAUGGACUGAAUUUCAUAAAUAUAUCAAACAGUGGUCUCAUUGACAUCGAUGGACUGAUGCAAUUUCAUAAAUAUGUCAAACACUGGUCUCUUGUAGCAGAUUUUUGUAUAUACAUCAGACACUGCAUGGUAUCAUAGAUUGAAUUUGAAAAAAACCCUCCCCUAAGUACUAAUACAUUGUAUCACAAAUUGAACAUCAUUUAAUAUGCCAAAUCGAAGUCUCAUAAAUUUAUUUUAUAAACUGAUAUAAAUAAACCAUAUAAGUCUCAAAACUUAAUUUCAUAUAUACAUGUAUAUAUGAAAUUGUGGUUCCAAGCAGUUGUGGACUUAUUGAUACAGAGCCAGGCAAGCUGUGUCCAGUGAGCAUAGUGACUAGCAAGAACUACAUGUAUGUAUUUAAUCGAAAAUGAUGUGAUAUUAUACGGUGCUUGUGCAAGGAUAGGUUGGGUUAUUUUUUAGCAAAGCAGAUUUCGCUUUGUUUAAUGUAUUUUGUGGGGGAGAAUGUCUCAAACUCCCCCUAGAAACUUUGUUCGCCACAUCUAGAGCCCCGUCCCUUACAUAAUUUCAUUUUGUUGAGAAUACUAGCCAGCACAGAUGAAGUGUACUGGUUUUAGGGAGAUCACUGUGUUUCAAGGUUGGAGACUGUCUGAAGCUAGAUUUCAAAACCAUGUGCUCCACAGAAACAGUGUAAUCAAGUGUGAACUUUAAAAUGUUUCUUGUGAAAAAUAACCUGUGGACAUGGAAGAUACCCAGUGGAUAUAUCGCAGUGGAUAUGUUACAUUGGAUAUAUCACAGUGGAUGUGUCACAGUGGAUAUGUUACAGUGGAUGUGUCACAGUGGAUGUGUCACAGUGGAUGUGUUACAGUGGAUAUAUCACAGUGGAUGUGUUACAGAGGAUGUUACAGUGGAUGUGUUACAGUGGAUGUGUCACAGUGGAUAUGUCACAGUGGAUGUGUUACAGUGGAUGUGUUACAGUGGAUAUAUCACAGUGGAUAUGUUACAGUGGAUAUAUCACAGUGGAUGUGUCACAGUGGAUAUGUCACAGUGGAUAUGUCAGAGCGGAUAUAUCACAGGGGCUGAUGAUACGUUUGCUCAGUUAACAGUUUAUAAUAGUCAAAAUGUUGAAAAAUUGUGCAAAAACAUUUCUGCUGUGAUUCAAAGAGUGUAUAAAAGAAAUUUAAUAUGUAAUUCUAUAUACUACCAAAAAAACCACACCUUGUAUUGUACAUGUUUUGCUUUAAUCUAAAUAAUUCUUUAUUAAGUAUUGUUAUUUUUUGUGUGUAAUAGCUUUGUGGUUAAAUAGAGCCUAAUUUAGCUCCAUAUCUGGAUCCUAAUUUAGCUCCAUAUCUGGAGCCUAAUUUAGCUCCAUAUCUAGAGCCUAAUUUAGCUCCAUGGCUUAAUUUCUUUUUUAUUAUGUUGAAGAUGCAGUACACGACUCAACGCCGAAGUCAACUAGCAUCCAAUAGUUUGUUUUUCAAAGUUACUUAGGGCUCUUUGUUAAAGGGACAGACCCUAGUUUUUAAACACUACAACAUAUUUUUCACUAUUAGAGCUGUGUAUGAUCACUGAAAUCAAACAUUACUUACAUUUUAUUCUUUCGUUUAUUCAUUUCCGUAGAACCGAAGUGUAACAGGUCAUCCUGGGGUUUGCAGUACCAAAAAUUGCAUUUUUCAUAUUUUUAAAAGCGUGCGUGCGUCUGAGAAGUAGUGGUUUACAGUCUCUUCUUUCAUUCUGUUGUAACUUCAUCUAAAUGAGUUACAGGUUUGUAAAUUAACUAAACUUGGUGUCCAUUUUUCAUGGGUUAAAACUAGGGUGUGUGCCUAUAAAGGUUAACUAUAUAAUAAAAACUGUUUUACAAAUUGUAGUCCGAUAACAUUGUACGUUUUCAUUUCCAAUAAAGGCUGUUUUACAAAUUGUAGUCCGAUAACAUUGUACGUUUUCACUUCCAAUAACGGCUGUUUUACAAAUUGUAGUCCGAUAACAUUGUACGUUUUCACUUCCAAUAACGGCUGUUUUACAAAUUGUAGUCCGAUAACAUUGUACGUUUUCACUUCCAAUAAAGGCUGUUUUACAAAUUGUAGUCCGAUAACAUUGUACGUUUUCACUUCCAAUAACGGCUGUUUUACACUUCCAAUAAAGGCUGUUUUACAAAUUGUAGUCAGAUAACAUUGUACGUUUUCACUUCCAAUAAAGGCUGU